CUUCAUUGCACCAAAAGGGGUUCUGAUGAACAGUGGUAGUGUGGGCCUGUCACUGGUGGUUUGGGCACUGUGUGGGGUUCUCUCGACCUUCGCAGCGUGCCCAGGAGGAGGAAGUAUCCUGGACUUGGGAAGAGCUCCUAGAUGGGAAGGGAUCCGGACUUGGGAGGAAAUCCUGGCAGGACAGGAUCGCCUUCCUUGGCGGGAGUCGCCUAGGCGCACGAGAGGACAGCAACGACUUCGGGGAGGAAGGCCACAGAAACCCCAAGAAUUUCUUUUGGGGGGGCACAUGAAGCAGUCGGCGGAGCCGAGGAGUGAACCAGAGCCAGUCAGGGAGUCGAGUGAGGAGCUCAACGCAAGAUUCUGGAGAGAGGAGCUGGCGUUGAGAGCGCUGCAGAGUGGGCGUGCUGAGGUGCGUGUCAUCAGCCCUGGUGCCACCUGUACCGGUCCCACGCAUCAGGUCUCCAGUGCGCCUUCACAGCCCAGUGCGUCCUGUGCUAGCGUCCCGCACUUGCCGGGCUGGAGUGAGCAUCCAGUCGGGAAGGGUUGUGCCAGCUCUGCGCUUUAGACCUCCAGUGCGCCUCCACAGUCCUGUGCCUCCUCUCCGCACUCGCCCUGAGGUGCAUGUCAUCAGCCCUGUGCCACCUGUACCGGUCCCACGCAUCAGGUCUCCAGUGCGCCUCCACAGUCCAGUACGUCCUGUGCCUCUUCCCCGCACUCGCCCUGAGGUGCGUGUCAUCAGCCCUGUGCCACCUGUACCGGUCCCACGCAUCAGGCCUUCAGUGCGCAUCCACAGUCUAGAGCUUCCGGCAACAGUUCCACGGUCCGGGAACCUCCUGAGACGGUCCACAAUGCGGGAACCUCCUGAGACGGUCCGGGAACCUCUUGAGACGGUCUGGGAACCUCCUGAGACGGUCCACGGUCCGGGAACCUCCUGAGACGGUCCACGGUCCGGAGCUUCCUGUGAUGAUCCCCGCACCAGAACCGCCAUGGAGGAAGACGUAAUCUGCGAGCGGAGGGCCUUGUGUUAUGCUGAGCUGGGAACCACAUUUACAAAGUCAGGGGCCCACUACACCUAUCUGCUGGAGACAUUAGGACCCUUGCCUGCGUUCCUGCGUCUCUGGGCAGAGUUUUUAUUCAUCAGGCCAGCUGUAGCAUCCUAUGUGUCCCUGGCGUUCGGACGCUAUGUGGUGGAUCCCUUUUUCAGCCCUUGUGCUCCUCCCACAGCACUGAUUAAACUGGUCAGCAUCCUUGGAGUGACAUUUGUGGUGGCGAUAAACUGCUGGAGUGUGACCCUGGCCUCUCGCACCCAGAUCACGCUGACAUUCAUCAAGAUGUUUGCCCUGGUCCUAAUCAUCGUUCCUGGCAUCAUGGCAUUAGCCAGAGGACAGACAGAGAACUUUCAGAAUGGCUUUGAGAUUGAUACAUUAACACUGGAUAAGCUACCAUUGGCCUUUUAUUCUGGUCUAUAUGCCUAUGGUGGAUGGUUUUAUCUGAAUUUUGUCACAGAGGAGGUCAUUAACCCAAAUAGAAACAUCCCACUGGCAAUCAUCUUCUCCAUGGUGACGGUGACUGUGUGCUACGUUCUUGUCAACGUGGCCUAUUACACCAUGAUGACAGCAGAGGAGCUUCUUGUGUCUGACGCUGUGGCUGUGACGUUUGCCAAUCGUGCGCUUCACGGCUUGGCCUCUGUGAUUCCUGUACUGGUAGCUGUGUCCUGUCUUGGGGCGCUGAACGGUGGCUUCUUUGGAGCACCCAGGAUGCUGUUUGUGGGGGCCAGGGAGGGACACUGGCCAGUCCUCUUCUCAAUGAUCCACAUCCAUCAAAACACGCCUCUGCCUGCUGUUCUGCUGCUGUAUCCGUUGGUGGUAGGGAUGGUGGCCAGAGGAGAGAUAUUCCAGCUGAUCAACUUUGCCUCCUUCUCCCGGUGGCUCUUCAUUGCCAUGGCGACCAUGGGGAUGCUCAUCCAUCGCUACCGCUUCCCCCUCCACCCAAGACCCUUCAAGGUGCCGCUGGCCAUUGCAGUCACUUUCACAGUGGUGUGCUUCUUCAUCGUUGGGCUGUCUCUGUACUCAGACCCCUGGAACACAGGGGGCAGCUGUGCUCUCACCCUGUCUGGAGUCCCUGUCUACUACCUGACCGUGCACCGCUCACGCCUGCCCGCCCGAUGGAGAAAGAGCUUCAACUACUGCAGUAAGCAGCUCCAGAUACUGCUGGAGGUGGCUCAGCAGGAAGUCCAGACCUACUAAAGACGCCUCUUUACUCACACACACUGACCAGACGAACGGACACCCAUGGCUGUGCCCUCCAUAUUGUAUAUGGAUGUGAAUACCUAGGCAUGUUACUUAGAUUUGGAAAAGAAUGAGCCGUUAACUCUACCGCAUUCACUGCUCGGAAAGUUAGUUCUGCUGAAAAAACCCCAAUGACUAUUGUUUUUGUUUACUUGAAUUAAUGAGGUGUACUUUUUACGCUUUGAAUACAAUAUAUGUUUUGUGUUGAUUAUUUACAUUUAAAAUGACAAUCAUGAGAAAAUGUUGACAUACUGGUAUUCAAAA